AUGGCUGGAUCGUUUUACCAACACACUGGAGGUGGAUCCAAUUACAUCUGUUUACCACUGAAUCCACAGUAUGACAAAUACAGGAGUGGGGUUCAAGCUCAGAGUUAUCUUUAUGGUACCGAGUUGGAAACCAGUGGUUUCUUUUCACCGUUUGGCAGUCUUCAAGAGCAGAACCCUACCUGUGCUGUAUGUCACGUGACGGGAAGAUCAUCCCAGAUCAUGAUUCCGGGUCACAUGACCUGUCCGCCAUCAUGGAGUCGGGAAUACCAUGGUUACCUGAUGAGCGCGAGCAACAAUCACAAGGGUCGUACAGAGUUUAUCUGUGUUGAUGGCAAUCCUGAGGUGUUGCGUGGCGAGAAUGCCAACACGAAUGGAGCUCUCCUGUACUUUGUGGAAGUCAAGUGCGGCGUUGGAUUGGACUGUCCACCGUUCGACAAUAAUAAGGAAUUAACAUGUGUGGUGUCAGCCGAGGCUGUUCGUGUGUUCGUCCGCUAUUGCAUGCACGAACCUGAUCGACCUGAUCGAGUGGGUUGA